AGAAACUUCAGAAGUGAGACAAACAUUACAGCAGCACACGCAAAUCCUGCUUAUACUGAGCAAUGCAAAUGACGGUUUAUAUGUUAAAGAAGAUAGGAUAACCCAGAAAGAAGAGUGCAAGUCUAUUUGACUGGGAGAGGGAGAGCCACAGAAGCAGACUGUUUCCAGGAACCAGAGACACAGAGAAGGAGACAGGUGUAACGACUAGAGAAAGAGAAGAAGCUUUGAAGGCAAGCAUGACAUCAUUUGAGUCACAGGGCCAGUCACCUCCUCGGUGUGGUCCCCAGUUCCCCAACCUGGGGCAGGAACCUCCAGAACUCGGCUUGUACAGCGACAGCUAUUACGCUCCGCCCUCGCUGCCCAGUCCGCAACGGACUACCCCGGCAUCCUAUGAACUGGGAGAAUAUGCCAGCGCCUCCCCAAAUCCAUAUCUGUGGUUCAAUAGCUCGGGGAUCAACAGCUCACCAUAUCUGGGGGGUGGCCCUGCUACUGCGGGGCCUCCAUUUGUCCCCCAGCAUUACGGCAUGCAGAGGCCCUACCUGGGCGCUGGCGGGACAGGUGGAGUUCCAGGGGAGCUGAAUUGGUUCUCCCUACCCUCCCAGGAGGACCUGAUGAAGCUGGUCAGGCCGCCAUAUUCCUACUCUGCUCUCAUUGCGAUGGCCAUCCACGGUGCCCCUGAACGUCGACUCACACUUAGUCAGAUCUACCAGUACGUCGCUGACAAUUUCCCCUUCUACAACAAGAGCAAGGCCGGCUGGCAGAACUCCAUCCGGCACAACCUGUCCCUCAACGACUGCUUCAAGAAGGUUCCUCGGGACGAGGAUGACCCUGGCAAGGGUAACUACUGGACCCUCGACCCCAACUGUGAGAAAAUGUUCGACAACGGCAAUUUCCGCCGUAAGAGAAAGAGAAAGUCUGACUCCCUGGUAGGAGAUGGAGCGCGAGGGGGGGUUCUGAGCUCCGAGUCAGGGGAUGGCAGCGGGGCAGGCAGCCCCAAAAACUCCAGCAGUGUGCCUGACAUCUCCAGCACACCAGAAAGAGUCCCUACGCCCACCUCGAGCGGGCCUGCUCCUUGCCUCAGCAGCUUCCUCUCUGAGAUGUCUGGGGUGACGGCGGGGCCCCUGGCGGUAGGAGAGGACUCCCUGACCCGUGCCAUGUCACUGAACCUGCCUGGGGAUGGAACCUCAAGGGCCACGUCCACCCCAGGUUUUGGUGCCUACUCCCCUAACUCCACGAUGCCAGAGUGGGCCACCCCUCUGCCCCCGGUGUCGGCUCUCUCCUCCUCACCUUCCCCUUCAUCUCUCGGCUACAGCGGGUCCAUGCUUAGCCAGUUUAACAACCACUUCUACCCAAGCCUGGGCUCAACUGGGAUGACCUACACCCGGGAGGGCACUGAGGUGUAAAGACUUGCAGCCAGGUGACAUGUCACCUGCCAGUAAGGCCAUGACGUCUCUCCUUCCCCGAAGCGCAGCCGCCGUCCGAAGCGAAGGGCCAGUGCUCCUGUUCCCAGCUGGGCGGCUUGCCCGUGGGACAGUGAGAACUGGCUCCCACAGGAACUCCUGAGUCAGCAGGCAGCAGAAGAGGGCAGACAGUCCCACGCCCCACCGCCUGCCUCAGCAUCAGCUCUCACAUCUGUGAACUGAUCUCAUAUCAGCUCUGCUGCUGACACCAGCUUUCAUACAAACAGCCCAACUGUCUGUCCUGAUAUUAUCGCCUACAGCCUGAUGCAGACAUUCAGGCAGGACACUCGACACCCAUUUUUUUCCAUCUUGGGAUAACUGCGGACAGGCAAAGAAACAAUAAUACUCUGUCACUGGCCUCUUGUUAAAGAAUGACAAUAUGACAUAUUUAUGUAUUAUGCCUGUAAUAUUUAUGUAUUAUGCCUGUAAUAUAUGUUGUGCAGUCUUGUAUGUUUACCAUUAGUAGCAGUCAUUUGGGUCAGCAUUAGUGGUCAUGUGCAUAGAGAUACAUACAUCUGUGGAGUGUCUUGUGGUUCUGUAAACAAGGGCCUUAAUGUGGUUUUAAAGCAAAUAAACAUAUAUUACGAUGAAAAA